UCGCCUUUUUUCACGCAAACGCGCUUUACCGGGACCUUUGUUGCUUCGACCGGCACAUCAGGCUGCAGUUAGAAAACGAUCCUAUCUGAUCCAAAGGGAUCAUUAUGAUCUGUGAUGGGGUCUUUGCUUUGUACCCCUGCCUCCCUGGCGUCGGGUCGGGGUUACGCUUCCUUAGCAUUUUGGAGAUGUGAGGAAAAGGAAGAGAUUGGUGUUAUUGAGCAGCUUGUGUAUUGACACGACCUCUUGACCUCAUCUUCAGCAUGAAUGGUGAUAUGCCUCAUGUUCCCAUCACUACUCUCGCUGGAAUUGCUAGCCUGACAGACUUGUUGAACCAGCUUCCCUUGCCUUCUCCUCUCCCUGCCACCACUGCCAAGAGCCUGCUGUACAAUGGAAGGAUCUCUGAAGAGGUUAACAGCCUGUUGGUGUGUAGAGAUGAAAAUCUGGUGACUCAGCUGGUGCAUAGUCUUAACCAGGUCUCCACUGAACACAUAGAGUUGAAAGACAACUUGGGGAACGAUGAGCCAGAGGGUGACAUGCCCAUGCUGCUACAAACUUUGCUGUCGAGGAGCCCCAAAAUCUUCAGGGAUAAAAGUACACCGAUCCAGAACACGGUUUUGGGCGAUGUUCGGCAGCAGCCAAUGAUCCAGCAGUACAAGGUGUCGCAAAAUCAAGUCCACGGCAGUCCUGGAACCAACUAUCAGCAAACCACCAUCACUCCGAGUCCAUCUGGAUGCUUUACAUCUGCACAGGCAGGGUCAGGUACUCGGUUUAUCCCUGAGCAGAACAGCCCAAUUCCAAGUCCCUACACACCUCAGAGUCCUGACGACUACCUGCAGUACAAUCCUCCCAGUUAUUCUCAACACCAACAGACUCAGCAAGUUGCUGGCAGUAUGAGAAAUACCCACGGCAACAAAGUCUCUGGACAGCUAUCGAAUAACUCAUCCGAUCACAAUGUGAGACCAAGCCCCAAUGACGACUAUAUGAAGGUGGAUCACAGACUGGGAAAUGAGGAGAACGACUCCUCAUUGAGGCCUGCGGCUUUUACUGUGAAAUCGCCUCAGUCCACGUGUUCCCCAGCCGGCGGUGAAGAUCCUGCAAAAAGGUCAAGGGUCAUCAUGCAGUCCCCUCCACCUGUUAGCCAGGCAGUUGCUGCUCCUAAUCAGCUCUUUACCUCCGCUGAGCGCAAGAGGAAACAGAAAGAAAGGAGCAAAGAGGAUAAUGAGCAAAUAGACAAAAAUGCCUUGUAUGGCAUUGUAAGCUCCCCAUUGAAAGACUCUGCCAGGCUGACUAUAAAGCUGUCCCGUGUGAGGUCUUCAGACACGGAUCAGUCUGGAGAAGUUUCCUCAGGAGCAAAUGCAAACUCAGACCACAACACCGAUGUAGUGAGGAACACUCAGUCGUCAAGGACAACCCUGGACCAAUCGCAGAAGUUUUGUGCUGAGGAGCCGACAAACUGUCAGCAAGCUCCCAUUCGGCCUAGUACAAAGGAGGCUGGAGUCACAGGUGGUGUUGUGUCCGACGACGCCGAGAUAGAUGCACUUUCAGAGACUGAGAGAAUAGAACAUGAGUCAGUCAACGAGAAAGAACGAUGGAAUAAAGAAGUACAAGAUAAAGACAAGCCACUGAAGAAACGAAAACAAGACUCUUAUCCUCAGGAACCUGGAACUGGGGCCACAGCUGAGGCCAGCGAAGCACCUGGCAGUCAAGGGGGUCAGUCAAAGGGUGGUAGCAAACUGACCCCCAAGAAGACAAACGGUGCAAGUAACGGUGCUAGUCGGCCUGCUCUGAUGGUCAGUAUUGAUCUGCAGCAAGCUGGCAUUGGAAAAAGACAGCCUGUAGUGGUCUUGGAAGCACGGGAGAUUUGUGAAGACCACCUCCAGCGCCUAAAGUCAAAGACAGAAUUAAAGGCAGAUAAAGAUGUUGAAAAAAGACCUAUCAACAAACAGCAUGCAGUUAAUGUGAGGAGUGGCUCCGAAUGCAAACCAGAAACGCUUAAACGCAAAGAAAGCCAGCGGGAAUCACGGCACCUGCAUGAGGCUAAAACUGACAACGGUAAAGAAAAACAUUCAGAUUCCAGACAGUCAGAAGCAUCACAGCAGAAGCAGGACAGACACUCGGACUCAACCCACAAAGAAGAAAAAAACCACAGCAGUUUGCAAUCCCGUCUCAGGCAACCCGAGGGUUCAAAACCCAUGAGUAGGACAGACUCCAGACCAGACAGGGACAAAGACAGAGACCAGGAUAAAGACAGAGACCGGGAUAAAGGCAAAGACCGGGAUAAAGGCAAAGACCGGGAUAAAGGCAGAGACCGGGAUAAAGGCAGAGACCGGGAUAAAGGUAGAGACCGGGAUAAAGGCAGAGACCGGGAAAGAGUCAGGGACAGAGACAAAGAGAAAGACAAAGACAAGGAGAAAGAGAGAGACAAGGACAAAGAGAGAGACAAGGAGAAAGAGAUAAACAAGGAGAAAGACAAAGACAAGGAGAAAGACAAAGACAAGGAGAAAGACAAAGACAAGGAGAAAGACAGAGACGGAGAAAAAGAAAAAGUCAGGGAUAAAGAAAGACUUAGGGAAAGAGACAGAGAAAAAGAGAAAGAAAAAAUCAGGGAUAAAGAGAGAAACAGGGAUAAAGGUAGAGACAGACAAAAAGACAAAAACCUGGAUAAAGACAAAGAAAAAGAUAAAGGUAGAGACCGAGAAAAAGAAAGAGACUUGAAUAAAGACAAAGAUGGGGGUAAGGACAGACAGAGGGAUAAGGACAGAGAUAGGGAUAAGGACAGAGACAGGGAAAGGAAACAGAAGACACUGUCCAGUGAAAACUGUAACACAGAUCCUACCGACCAGCACACUAAACCGGACUGUCCUAAAGGGACGCAAGACAAAAGCAAGAAGUCGACUGACCUCAACGGUCGACCAAGGACAGACACGUCUAGUCCUCCAAACAAGGACGAAAGGAAGGGUGGGGACAGGAGGAAUGGGGACAGCAGUUCUGGGGUUCAGGCUGGACAUAAACAGCGGCCUUCAGAGAACAAACCCAGUGAGUUUCCCUCUUAUCUCCUGGGUGGAAAGUCAGGAAGUUUAAAAAACUUUGUGAUUCCUAAACUGAAUCGAGAUGGAAGCAAAAUGCUAGAUGGGUUGAGUGAACCUCGAGUUAGGCUGGAGAGAGUGUCACUGGUGAAGAACUUAUGCAAAGGAUCCAAACCAUCUGUUGUGCUGAAGAGACUUAGUAUUGAUGAGGUAAAAAGAAUCAUCAGGGACAGUAGGACUCCACGCACCUCCAGGAACUGGUCCUCUGGGGCUAGAUCAGAAAUGACAAGCAAACGCAGGCACAGCGCGAUCAGUAAGAAACCCAAAUAUGCUGAGGUUGACUCGGAUGAAGAUGAUGAAGAUCAGUCUGAGUCUGGCUCUGACGCUGAGGUGGUGAAGAAAAAACCCAAGAGAGGCCAUGACAAGACAUGGAAGUUUGAAGAGAAAAGAGUUCGUCACCGUAGAAGAAGCACCGAUGAUUCCGAUGAAGACUCACCACCACCAAACUUCAGGGACGUUGCAAGAAAACUGAAGAAACAGAAAAGUAAAAAGGCAUAUGAGCCCAAACUCACACUUGAAGAAAUGAUGGACUCAUCCACAUUUAAGAGGUUCACAGCCAGUGUGGACACCAUUCUUGAGAACCUUGAGGAUGUGGACCUCACUGCCAUAGAUGAUGAUGAAAUACCUCAGGAGCUCUUGCUUGGAAAACACCAACUGAGUGAACUUGGCACUGAUUCUGCUAAGAUUAAGACUAUGGGCAUCUUUAAUAAGCUUCCGUCUGAGAAAUUGGUAAAAAUUCUGAAUAUCAUGGAGAAGAACAUCCAGGACAGUGUCAAACUUUCCACAUUAAUGAAUCAUGACAAUGAUUCAAUGGAUGAGGAGAAGUUAUGGCGUGACCUUAUCAUGGAGCGAGUGACUCGGUCUGCUGAUGCGUGUCUGAUUGCACUCAACAUCAUGACAUCUCCACACAUGCCCAAAGCGGUCUAUAUCGAGGAUGUCAUUGAGAGGGUGUUGCAGUACACCAAGUUCCAUCUGCAGAACUCUUUGUACCCUCAGUAUGACCCGGCCUACAGGGUGGAUCCCCAUGGAGGUUCCAGCCAUAAUUCAAAGUCCAAGAGAGCGAAGGGUUCCACCCAUAAACAGAAGGUAGUUGUCAAACUCUACAGCAAAGUGUGUGAUAUUGUCAGCAAUGUUUCGGACCUCCUGGAGAUUCAGCUGCUAACUGACACCACUAUUCUCCAGGUGUCCACAUUGGGUAUCACACCAUUUUUUGUGGAGAAUGUCAGUGAGCUGCAGUUAUGUGCCAUCACACUAGUGACAGCAGUCUUCUCUCGCUACGAGAAGCACAGGCAGCUUAUUCUUGAAGAGAUUUUCACAUCUCUAGCAAGACUACCCACCAGUAAACGCAACCUUAGGAACUUCAGGCUGAACAGUGAUUCUGAUGGAGAAUCCGUGUAUAUCCAGAUGGUCACAGCCCUAGUUCUUCAGCUCAUCCAGUGUGUGGUAAACUUCUAUACUGAGAAGGAAGGAGCUGAGGAACAGAGUAAAAAGGGUGAUAGAGACGUCCUUAUCACAAACUCUUAUGAAACUGCCAUGAGGACUGCUCAGAACUUUCUAUCAGUGUUUCUGAAGAAGUGUGGAAGUAAGCAGGGAGAGGAAGAUUACAGACCUCUGUUCGAGAAUUUUGUCCAUGACCUGCUGUCCACUGUGAACAGGCCUGAGUGGCCUGCUGCUGAACUGCUACUCAGCUUAUUGGGCCGCCUGUUGGUCCACCAGUUCAGUAACAAGCAGACAGAGAUGGCGCUCAGGGUGGCCUCACUGGACUACCUCGGUACUGUUGCUGCUCGCCUCCGUAAAGAUGCUGUCACAAGCAAGAUGGACCAAAAGGUUAUUGACCGCAUCCUAAGAGAGAAUCCUGGCAAUGAUGAGAUCCAGCAGCUCCAGAAGGCGCUGCUCGACUACAUAGAUGACAACGUUGAGACAGACUCGUCUUUAGUGUUUGUCAGAAAAUUUUACAUCGCCCAGUGGUACAGGGACAUUACAAGUGAGGUAGAGAAGGCAAUGAAGUCUCAGAAUGAGAGAGAUGAGGACACCAAAGGUCGUCACCGUUCCAAGGAUCUUCAAUUGACUGAGGAGAUUAUGGAAAAAGCCGAGACACGAAAGAAAUUCCUCCGCAAGGUCAUCAAGACCUCACCAUCAAAUUUCAGUUCUUCGAGGAUGAACUCUGACAUAGUAGACUUUGAAGACUGCUGUCUGAUUGUCAGAUAUCUGGCCUCUAUGAGGCCGUUUGCACAGAGCUUUGAUAUUUAUUUAUCACAGAUUCUAAGAGUUCUGGGUGAGAGUGCUAUUGCGGUCAGAACUAAAGCUAUGAAGUGUCUCUCAGAGGUGGUGGCUGUGGAUCCAAGCAUUUUGGCACGAUUGGAUAUGCAGCGCGGAGUUCACUGUCGCCUCAUGGAUAACUCUACAAGUGUGCGAGAAGCGGCUGUGGAGUUACUCGGCCGGUUUGUGUUGAGCCGCCCACAGCUCAUUGAGCAGUACUAUGACAUGCUCAUCGAGAGAAUAUUGGACACAGGUAUUAGUGUCAGAAAGAGGGUGAUAAAGAUCAUGAGGGAUAUUUGCCUGGAGCAACCAGAUUUCCAUAAGAUCACUGAGAUGUGUGUCAAGAUGAUCCGGCGGGUCAACGAUGAAGAGGGGAUCAAGAAAUUAGUGAAUGAGACAUUCCAGAAACUGUGGUUCACACCUACACCAAGUCAUGACAAAGAAGGCCUGACUAGAAAGAUCCUGAACAUCACAGACGUGGUGCUGGCAUGUAAAGAUACAGGCUAUGACUGGUUUGAGCAGCUUCUCCAAAAUCUGCUGAAGUCGGAAGAGAAUGCAUCUUAUAAACCUACCAAGAAGGCCUGUGUUCAGUUGGUGGAUAAUCUAGUCGAACACAUACUGAAGUAUGAGGAGUCUGUAGCAGAUUGUGAGGACAAGGGGGUCAACUCAGGUCGCCUGGUCGCAUGCAUCACCACGCUCUACCUGUUCAGCAAGAUCAGAGCACAGUUAAUGGUUAAACAUGCCAUGACAAUGCAGCCCUAUUUGACCACCAAGUGCAACACUCAGAAUGACUUCAUGGUGAUCUGUAAUGUGGCCAAAAUCCUGGAGCUGGUUGUGCCUCUGAUGGAGCACCCGAGUGAGACUUUCCUCACCACCAUAGAAGAGGACCUAAUGAAGCUCAUUAUUAAAUAUGGCAUGACGGUUGUACAACACUGUGUGAGCUGUCUGGGUGCUGUUGUGAACAAAGUUACACACAACUACAAGUUUGUUUGGGCCUGUUUCAAUCGUUUCUAUGGCGCUUUGGCAAAACUCAAGACUCAGCAUCAGGAAGAUCCGAGCAGCUCCACUCUGGCUGCCAACAAACCUGCUCUCCUGCGCUCACUCUUCACUGUUGGGGCUCUGUGUCGACACUUUGACUUUGACCUGGAGGAGUUCAAGGGUGCAAACAAGAUUAUCAUCAAGGACAAAGUGUUGGAGCUUCUGCUGUACUUUACCACACAUCAAGAUGAGGAGGUCCAGAUCAAGGCCUUCAUAGGUCUAGGCUUCCAGUUCAUCAUGCAUCCAGAGCUCAUGUUUGUGCAGGAUGUGAAGGUUCUGUAUAAUAGAAUGUUGUCGGAGGAGAGCAGCCUGGUCAGUUUAAAGAUCCAGGUACUGAAGAACCUGCAGACAUACCUUCAGGAGGAGGACUCUCGAAUGCAGGAGGCUGAUCGUGAAUGGAAGACAACGUCAAAGCAGGAGGACUUAAAGGAAAUGGGGGACAUCUCAUCUGGCAUGAGCAGCUCCAUAAUGCAGAUUUACCUGAAGCAGGUGCUGGAGUCUUUUUUCCACACACAGUCCACUGUUCGCCACUUUGCCCUGAAUGUCAUCACACUGACCCUAAGCCAGGGACUCAUCCAUCCUGUACAGUGUGUGCCCUACUUGAUAGCCAUGGGAACGGACCCUGAGCCAACCAUGAAGAACAAGGCAGAUCAGCAGCUGGUGGAGAUUGACAAGAAAUAUUCAGGCUUCAUCCAUAUGAAGGCUGUAGCAGGGUUAAAGAUGUCUUAUCAAGUGCAACAGGCCAUAAACGGAUCAAAAGAUGCCGUGGUCCGAGGUUUUCGCCAUGACGACAGGGACUCUGCUCUCUGCUCUCAUCUCUACACAAUGGUCCGGGGGAACCGCCAACAUAGACGGGCUUUCCUCAUCUCACUGCUCAACCUGUUCGAUGACAGCUCUAAAACAGAGGUAAACAUGCUGCUGUUUGUAGCAGACAACUUGGCCUGCUUUCCCUACCAGAGCCAGGAGGAGCCACUGUUUAUUAUGCACCAUGUAGAUAUUACACUUUCGGUGUCUGGGAGCAACCUGCUGCAGUCGUUCAAAGAGUCUUUACGAAAGGAACCGGUAAAGCGAAAGGAACCAGUACAGCGGAAAAAUACAAAAAAGAAAGAAGUAAGGAAGAAGAAGAAGAAGAAACCUAAAAGGAGGAAAAGCAGCUCAGACGAUGAAGACGACAGCGAAGAGCCGGACAGCUCGUCCUCCAGUAGCAGCGAAGACGAUGAUGACGAGGAGGAGGAGGUCCACAGGCGGAAAAAAUCCACAGCCCACGAUUCCGACUCAGACUUGGACGACGAGGAAGCGGUUUUUGAGCGUCUGCCUGAAAACCACCAACCUCUGCUGGACUUUGCCUGUGCUUCCCAGGGCGUCCUGCUGCUGCUGAUGCUCAAACAGCAUCUGAAGAAUCUGUACGGCUUCUCCGACAGUAAAAUCCAGAAGUAUUCACCAACGGAGUCCGCCAAAGUGUACGACAAGGCAGUGAACAGAAAGAGCAGCGUGCACUUCAACCCUCGUCAGACACUGGACUUCCUGAAGGCAGAUCUGGCUGACACAGAGCUCAGCUAUGAAAACAAGAGGAGCAUUGUCAAACAAUACUUAGAUUUCAAGUUACUGAUGGAGCACUUGGAUCAUGAAGAAGAUGAGGAGGAUGGAGAAGCAAACGCCAACGCCAAAAACAAAGUCAUCACAUCCCUGCUGAAAGGUCCAAAACUGCAGGGCAACAACCACCACAAUCACGCUGCUCCAGUGGAGUCGGAUGAUGAGGAGAGCGAGGAAGAAAGUCCCCCAGCGAGGAAACCAAGAAAAGGCAAGGAAUGUGCAGAGGAUUCAGGUCAAAUGAAGGAGAUGGUGGAAGUCAUGGACGUCAUCGCCAUCUGCUGUCCCAAAUACAAGGACCGGCCGCAGAUUGCCCGGGUGGUCCAGAAGAACCGGACCGGCUACAGCAUACACUGGAUGACCGGAACCUACUCUGGACCCUGGGCCGAGGCCAAGAAACGGGACGGACGCAAAAAGGUGCCUUGGCUCGACACUAUCAAGGAGUCGGACAUUAUUUACAAGAAAAUCAGCCUGACGAGCGGACAAAAGCUCACCAACAAAGUGGCACAGACGUUACGGGCGCUGUACGCCGCCAAGGAGAAGAGUAAAAAGUGAAGUUACUCUGAACCCCCUUUCAGCCCAAAGGAUUUGAAAAGAGAACAGGCUUUGAAAAUCGAAGAGGUGGGGAAGUGAAAUAUGGUUACCACUGAUCUGUUCAAACAUGACAAACACACUAGAAGAAGGAAAUGUUUGGGAAAACAUUGUGCGGGGGUUCCUUCGCUGUUGUGCAGCAACUUGGUUGUUUGAUUUUUACUCCCACUGUAAGAUAGUUUAACUAAACACAUGUUUAUAUCUGAACAUAAUUCUGUAAAAAAUAAAGUGAAUGUUGGAAAUUAGUGUAUUGAUGAUGUUCUUAAUAAAGUGUUUUUGGAGUUUAAACUAGCACCAGACGAUUUAUUCACCAGUUCCAAAAGCUUUGAAAUGUUCUCUCUUUUGUUUUGUUUUAAAGUUUGGUCAUUUGGUUGGUCACCCAGACUGUGUAAUGGAGUAUAUUUGAUAUCAUUUCUUAAUGUUCAGACCAGUGCAGUAUCUGUGCCUAUGACAUGCAGGGGAGCAAGUUAGAUUUUGAUGUUAGAAAACAGAGCGAGUCAAAAGGCAUUCCCAGCAACUCUGAUCAAACAAAUACUGCAAUAAAUUUUCUUAUGCCUUUGUUA